GUAAACAAGAAAAAGAUCGUAUAACUGUUAAGGUAAAUAAUCUACUAACAAAAUUGUGUGCUUUGGAAGAAGAAGGUUGCAAGAGCAAAGUACAUAUUGAACUGCUAGAGAAAGGUAACUAAAGAAUAACUGAAUUAUUUUACAACUUGGAAAUAGCUAUUAGUUAUAAUUAGCUACUGCACUAAUUUUUCAAGGAAUCAUUGUUGAAAGAACAUAUUUAAUAUUUAGCCAAUACAAUUUAUACCAGUAACACAAAUUUAUGAAAGAACAAGUUUCUAAUUUUUUAAGUGGUUUUUACAACUUACUAAGUUAUAACACUUUUAACAGUCAUAAUUUUAUUCAUUUAAUUUAAAAAAAAAAAAACAUAAUGAUCCAUUAUGAUACAAGUCAUUGAAUUAAAUAAAAAAUUUAUGAAAUACAAACUUAUAAAUCCCAGGUUUUAACAUUUGAGGUCAAUAGUUAAAUGCCUGUUCAAAAAAUUUUCUACAAAUUAAAAAAAGAAUGUUGAUGAGAAAUACUGCACUAGGUAGUUUUCAAUGUUACAAUUUUAAAGUUAGGAACUUAUAGUCAUUGAUAUUUUUGUUAUAAUCCUCAAAAAAAUGCUUUCCAUUGUAAAUAUGGGUAAUUUUUAAUUUUGGUUUUUGUAUUUUCAAGUAAGCAUUUAUCAAUUGAAAAGUUUAUUUUAAUUCUUUUGUUUAAAAAAUCUGGUUUCAAAAUGCUUUCAGACAAAUGAAGUUGAAGAGCUUUUUCACCAUUUUGUUGGUGAUUUUAUGCAUUUUUUUACUGGGUGUAAAUAAAUAUUAAAAAAGUCCUUAGCUACAUAAAACAACAAGGAACACAUUAAAAUAAAUUAAUUUAACUUCAAAGUACUUGAGAGGUAGUGUCUUGAUAAUUACAGGGAGGAAACAAAUUUUUAUCUUAAAAUGUCCAUGAUGUUACUAUAAAAUAAUUUUUACUUGUUAAGAUUUUUUAUACAGUUUCUUGCAAAUAUUGUUUUCAUUUAAUGUGCUUAUUAAUUAUUAAUAAAAUUCUUUUAAAUUUUAACUUUAACAUGUUCUGUUUGUAUUUUAAUGAAUAUAUUUUCAGAGAUCUCAGAGAAUAUUUUAGUAAAUCAAAAUUUACUGUGGAGGCUAAAGCAAAAAGAAGAGGAAUGCUCUCUAGCACAAAAGUAACUUAUUGCCUUGAAUUCUCACAAUUUUGAGAAUGGGAUGGCAUAAAUUACAACAGUUCUUUAUGACAGUUUACUCUGAAAAUAAUUUUAUAAAUUCCUAUAGUGCCAAAAUUCCACCAUUGAGCAUCUUAUUUAAGUUUAAGUUUGAUCACAGCAUUGCAAAAAUAUUUUAAGUAAUUUUUUGAAUUUAAGAAUUUUGAAUUAACUGGUAGGAAUUAUAAACCAUAAGCUCAUUAGGAAAAGAAUGUUUUAACUUUAAAAAAGUGUCAUCAUUCUGCAUUCAAUUAGAACAUAUUCAGAGUAUUGCAAGAAAAUGGAUCUGAUGAAAGAACUUGAGGUUGUCCAAAAGGAGAAUGCUGAUAUGAUAGCAAAGAGUAAGAUUAAUUCAUCUUCAAUCCCGUUCCAAUAAUUUCACUAAGGAUAGAGAUAGACUAAGAUAAAUGCCAUUUUGAUGACAGUGACAGCCACAAAGUUAAGAAUUAAAGUUUCAAGAUUCAAAUAUAGGAAACAUGCUCCUACAAUUUCAGAUUGUGCAUGUAAUUUAUCAACAAAGUUUUAGGAAUUUUUAUUUUAAAUAUUAGUUUUUCUUAAAUAAUUAUCAAACUUAGUAAGGAUGAUGCACUAGUAUAUCAUGCAUAUUGCAACUUCCUUUUCCAUAGAAGAAGAACUUGAAAGAAAUUACAACAAAUUCCUUCAAGAAGAGUUUUCUGGUAAGGCACCCACAGAUAUACAAAAAGAAAUAGCAGAUUUAGAGGCUUCAGUGGAAGAUCAGAAAGCCCUCUUGAAUGAAAAGAAUGCUACGGUAAUCUGGUACUUAGAUACAGCUAUGUAAUUAUAUACAUAUAGUAGUGAUAUAUGCAAAUAUGCACCAGGGCAUCACAAAGAUGCAUUCUCUCCCUUGUCCUGUCUACAAUAUAAUACCAAUGAUAUUCAGAGCCCAAGCAACACCAUUCCAAUCAUAAAAUUUGCUGAUGAUACCACCAUCCUUAGCUUAAUAUCUGAAGGAGAAGGCUUAUACCGCAAUUUAGUUACAGGCUUUAUCAAUUGGUGCGAUGAAAAUUUUCUCCAGCUGAAUGUCUAAAAAACAAAGGAAAUGGUUGUCGAUUUCCGGUGGAGAAAACACCAGAUUGCAGUUCUCAACAUAAAAAAUCAAAGUAUAGAGAAAGUAGAGACAUAAGUAAUUAAGUUUCACAAUUUAUAAUAAGCUAACAUGACAUGACUUUGCUAUCUUCAAAAACUGUACAAUUUUCGAGAAACAAACAAGUUAUUAACUUAUUUUACAGUGCAACAAUUGGAAGCCUACUUAAUUUCAGUAAUAAUACCUGCUGGUGUGGGAAUUCAUCAUCUGAUAUCAAACAACACCUAAACAGAUUAAUCAAGAAAGCUAGAAACAUCACACAAACUAAACAUCCUUCACUUGAAGAACUAUUUGAAAAAAAAUGUUAUUGUAAAACUAAAUAAAUUAUGGAUACAUUCCACCAUCUUCAUCACAGAUACUUAAGAUUGGCCCGUUCAGUGGGAAUUCUUUCUCGAGCAUUGAGAUAUUAAAAUUCUUUUUUCCCCCAAUCUUUACAAAUUUACCUGUGUGCUCCCCCAAGAGGUCACAAAAUCUAAAUGAUCGCUAAUCAAGUCCCUAUUAUGACUAAGGGAGUUAACUGAUUGGCUGUUUUUUACACUAGACCAGGGGUCUCCAAACUACGGCAGCCCGAGAGCCGGAUCCAGCCCGUGAGGCCAGUUCAUCUGGCCUGCCGACAGUACUUGAAUUUGCUUGAUAAAACGUAUGUUUACCCACAGAGAAGGAAAACUUGUUGAAUUUUACCGCUGCUAACCUGAUGUUGAGUUUCUGAAAGUGAAGAACUUUGCCGCUGGUAUGGGAUCAGCGUUUGGAACAACUUAUUUCUGUCAGCAAACAUUUUAAAAAUGAAGCAUGUGAAGUCGACACAUCAAACCAUAGUGACUCAUGAACAUUUGAAAAUAAUUUUCUUGAUUGGAUACAGCUAUUCCAAACCAAACAUUGAUGAAAUCUUGAAAGGCAAAUGUCAUUUUCAUAAAUCUCAAUAACUUUUUUGCUGCUUAGUUUGUGAUAUUCAAAUAUGUGCGCACAACGUCUGAUGUAACUAUCCAUUUGUUAACAUCAACUUCUUUAAUAAAUUUUUUAGAAAAUAAAUAUGUUUUGUACAUUGCACGCCACUCACCCAUAAUUAACAAUCAUGGAAUACUAAACUUAGUUUUUCCCCAUUUUUCCCCAGAGCUUUCGUUCUGGCUUGAAAGUAUUGUACAGAAUGAUUAUCUGGCCCGCGCUUGUCAUUUUUUUUGUUUUCCGGCCCGCCGCAAAAUAGUUUGGAGACCCUUGCACUAGAGAAACAAUUUAAUGUAGAUGUCUUGUGUUUAAUUUAUUAGUUGAAAAAUGUGACUAUUAAAAUAAGUAAAAUAAGUAAUUUAUAUGCUGAAAAUGUGUGUACAAUGUAAUCAAAAACAUUUCCAUUUGUUUGGAUCAAUGAAAAAAUCUUAUUUUAUCUACACUUAUAUGCUUUUUUCCUGGAAAGCAAAAUGCAUGUUAUUUUGUGGUGUCUUUUUUUAAACUUUGCCCUUACCAUGUGUUUCUUAUUUCAAAAUGAGACUUGCUUAUUGUUUCCUUUUAGUUUCAGGCUCAACACCAAAACAGAAAGCAAAAAGAAAUAGACAACAUCAUUUUACAGGUGACUUAA